GGACAUAGGAAAUAGAGUGCAUGUGCGCGUGGGGUGUGUGAGUGUAUGUGUAUGUUUACACAGACGGGAAUACUGCUCCAGAGGAAGUGCGCUCGUUCUCCGUCUGCGCGUCCCGACUUCCUGCUCUGAGGCAGGAGAGAGAAAAGCUGCGGAUCCGCUUUCAGACAGCGGGGCAGCAGCAGCAUGGAGCCCCAACAGAACACACGCGCUCUCUUUUAGGAACCAAAGUCCAUCGAAACGCGCAGAGAGAGGAGCAGCAGCCGUUCACAGCUGGAUUAUCGGUGCUUGUGCCAUCAUGGAGAGUUCCAUCACCCUCUGGCAGUUCCUACUCCAGCUGCUGCUCGACCAGAGCCACAAGCAUCUCAUCUGCUGGACGUCCAACGACGGAGAGUUCAAACUGCUAAAGUCCGAAGAGGUGGCCAAACUUUGGGGGCUGCGCAAGAACAAGACCAACAUGAACUACGACAAGCUGAGUAGAGCUCUGCGCUACUACUACGAUAAAAACAUCAUCAAGAAGGUGAUUGGCCAAAAGUUUGUCUACAAGUUUGUUUCUUUCCCUGAGAUUCUGAAGAUGGAUCCUGCAGUGGUGGAGUCAGGCCGCGGUGGCGAGGAGGUCGGUGGGGCCGCGUCAGAGCCUGAAGUCGAAGAGGAGGACCGGGGCGAAGGAAAGCAGUAUCUCUACUCCAACUUCUACACUUCUUUUAGCACCAGCUCCCCUCAACACGCUUUAGAGCAUCACCGGCCAAUCAAGAAGGAGCCUAGAUGCGAAGAAAGCUCGUCCGUCAUCCGGUUCGUGACCAACAGCGGCAUCUCGUCCCUUCCGCCAACACCGCCGCCAUCCACAACGGACAGCCCCAAGCCCUCCAUGUUGUCUCCUCGAAUGGCUGGCUCUUCAUCUCCGUCCCAGAGCCCCACCCACAUACGGGUGAGAGGGCAGAGCCUCAGCACAGAUACUGAUGAUGGUGAAUGUAACGCUCAACCUUUAAACCUAUCGUCUGGUCAGAGGGAAAGAGAGAAAUUACGGAGCACGCCAACACCAGAGAGGAGGGGGUUGGCCAACAGUAACCCUUUAAAAGGCAGAAAACCCAAAGGCUUGGAAAUCUCUGCCCCCCCUCUUCUCCUGACAGGAAGUGACCUCGUCUCCAUUGCCCUGAACAGCCCGGCGCUGCCCUCUGGGUCUCUUACGCCCGCCUUUCUGACCGCACAGACUGCAUCCGGUCUGUUGCUAACACCCAGUCCUUUGUUGUCCAAUAUCCAUUUCUGGUCCGGUCUAAGCCCGGUGGGUCCUCUGAGCCCAGCCCAACUGCAGAGCCAUGCUCAGCUCUUCCAGUUUCCUACACUGCUGAAUGGUUCACUUCCCCUCCCUCCUUCCAAUGUGGAUGCUCCCUCUCCUCUGCUGCUCUCCAGCUCCCAUAAGUCCUGAUGCCAGCAGGAGCUCUGUAAGCACUGUUCCCUGAACAUCUAAAGGGGGCUGGAUCAUCACUAAUGAUUGGAUGGAGCCCAACCCUAACCUGGCUGAAAAUACAUCUGAGACUUAACCAUAAUUCCAGAAGAAAAUGGGGCUCCACUUCUGAGGAUUUUUUGUGCGGGUCACCGUCGCAGAUGUGGGAUUUGACACUCCCACGGCUCUCAUUUUAUAACUAGUUAAAGCAAAGUUUUGUAAAUCUCCUUCAAAAAACGCAUUUUCUUUUGCAUCAUCAACUCUAGCUGUCAUGACUAAUCCUAGCAUCAGUUCCUCUGACUCAGACCUUAGCGUUAAGAAAUUCUGGAAGAUUUGAGAACUAAAACUAUUACAAUAGUAGAAAAACCUUGGAAACUGUUCUUGACGCACCAAUACUGGAUACAGUGGGAUUGGCUUUGCCCACAUCUACAUAAACAUAUUUGGGAUUAUACCUUCUUAUACAUUUCUAGAAAAUGUUUAAAUGAUGAAAAAUUGACAAACUUGCCUUGUUUUUAUUACUUUAAAAGAUUACUAGCACAAAAAAAGGACAAUAUGGAUUGAAGUGCUAGUCUGUGUAGCUUUUCAGUAAGCUAACGUUUUCCCGCCUUUAUUAAUCUAGAUACAAAGCUAGUUACCUUCUUAUGCUCUUUUGUCCAGUUAGACAAUUUUUUUUAUAUAGGUAAUUCUUUUUAAAGAUAAAAAACCCCUAAACAGUUUUAUAAAAAUGUAAUAAAAAAAAAGAAAAAGGUAUCAUGCAGUAGCCUAAUUAUCAAGUAUUAACUGUAUUUUUUCCCCCCUCGCUUUUAACCGCAAUUUUUUUUUUCCAUGUACAAAGUUUCUCUUUUCUGAAUACUGAAGGCCACAGGAUUAAAUCUGAUAAAACUGGAGAAAAUUAACAGACUAGGCCGCAUGAGAUGCGAACGUAAUCGACUCCUAGCAUAACAUGCUAGUAAGAGUUAAAAUGCAGUGCAGUUCUUUCUGCACAAUUUCUAUACUUUUUUUUUAUUUUUACAUUUGCACUGUACUGUACUUUUGAGCUGUACCUUAUAUUUUGUAAAAUUUCUGGAAAUGUGUUUUAAGCAUAAUACAUUUUUUUGUCAAAAUUGCUCAAAUAGCUUGUUAUGUAGCAGUAAAAUUGCUCUUGGUUAUUUUUAUAGGAAAAAAAAAACAGCAGAUCGUAAGUUUUCUUUUUUAAAU